GCGAGACGUGUGGGGAACCCAGUUCGUGUUCGUCAUCCCCAUGCAUGUGUUUGGCGGCAAUCCGAGCAAGGUGAGCAUCACGGUGGCCGUGACUACCCUGAACACGGCUCAAGUUGACCUGCACGAGCCAAACCGCUCCGUCUCCACCAUCAAUGUCUCGCUGUAUAAUUCGUCAUACUUCAUCAUCAACUGUGACAACAACAGCGUACUCGCAGAUGACAUGUCGAUGAACGUCUAUCGUCUCAACAGUAGUGCAGAGGUCAGCGUCACCUUCUUCUUCAAUGGCCGUACUCCAAAAACAAAACCAACUGCCGGUGCUAUGCGACUGAUUCCCGUAGACGCUUUUGGCAGGGAAUAUUAUAUUUUCACGCCAAUCAUCAGAGGCCAAAAUGGUUAUUUUCAGCUUGUUGGAGUCUUUCCCAACACCACUGUUGAAGUUUACUUGGUACUUGAUCCUCAGAACACAACAGUGACGUUCGGCGGCGUUGUUUACAGGAAUUCCGAUGUGAUAUACACCAGAGUGAACGCGUAUCAGGCGUUGCAGAUAAGUUGUUAUAGCGCAUGCACUAUGAGUGGUUCUCUUGUCAGUGCCUCCAAGCCUGUGGCCGUCUUUUCUUUGACUGAUUCAGUGCAACUGGCUGCUUCGAAAAUAUCCACUAAUGAAGAUCAUUUAAUGGAACAGCUACCACCAGUUGUAUCAUACGGUAAUCUCUUCGUCACGACGUACGGUUUUAAAAAUUUUUCAUUAGAUGUGGCAUAUCCAGAUCUACUGUAUGUGAUAGCCAGCCAGCCAAAUACAACUGUACGUUUUGAUAACGGCUCGGUAACAGACUUUACACUCAACAGGGCGGGAGAUGUGCGAGAAUUGUUUUUUAACGAUACUACUGUGGUGCGGACCAGUGACCCCGUACUGUGCAUUCAUGUUUUGCUGAAUUUAGUGAAGGCUGAUGCUGCCAUGCUGGUGGUCCCUGCAGCAAAUCAGUUCACGAGCGAGGACAUCUUCAGGACCGUCCCAGUGGUGUAUCCGAACAUUACGGUCCAUUCCAUACACCUUGUGGCCCACUCGUUCGAUGCCCUGGGUCAGGAUGUCACCAUUAAUACCGAAACCUAUCCUUUCAUGCUGAUUAGCUAUUCAGCCAAUAUUUCCGUCUUUGUUGUACACGUCAGCUACGUUCCAAACGUUCCAACCAACGUCUCUCAGUCCCUUCAUGUCGUGCCGAAAAGGGGAACUUUUGGGGGCUACGUUUUCACGUACUGUGCGUCGCAACAAAUGGCGGAUAUAAGUAGCCUGGCCUUCAUCUUGGAGCAGUACAGCUCGACCUGUAAUGUGUCGACGCCGCAGCCAGGUGACGGAGUGGACAACGACUGUGAUGGUAUCACAGACGAGGAGCCAUGCUUCAUCUCCUUCUGGAACGACACUGACUCAGACGGACGGUACAAUGAAGAUUGCAUGCCUGAAGUUUCUACCAUCUCGUCCAUGAUCGAUUCAUCAGCUAUUUCCUUUGAGACUUUGGACACCAUUUCACCUACUUCCCUUUUGGAAGAUGCUCAAAGUGUUUACUCUACUAAGGGGCUGAGUACGGGUAUCGAAAUCACGCCUGUCUUGGCCUCUUUAACGCUGCUGUCUGCUACACUUUCUCUCAGUGUGGAGAAGGUAGGUCUGCUGACCCAGGAUUCCAUGAGAUCCAGUCUUCAGGUUGGCAAUUCCGUGUCCUCCUAUUCUUAUGUUUCUACAGCCACGACGACCAGUUUUGUAGAGCUGACUUCAGCAGACGACAUACCAACAGGGCCAACAUUCUCAGCCACGACAAUAUCCUCCUCUACUUAUGUUUCUACAGCCACGAUGACAAGUUAUGUCGAGAUGACCUCAUCAGAUGACACGUCACCAGAGUCUACCUUCUCAGCCACGACAAUGCCCUCCUAUUCUUAUGAUUCUACAGUGACGAUGACAAGUUCUGUAUCAGACGUCAUCGUAGCGUCUACCAUCUCGCCCACGGCAACGUCCCCCAGCACCUACAUCUCUGCUGUGAUGACGACCAGCUCUGAACUGAUCUCGUCUCAAGACAUCGCGACACAGUCUGCAUUUUCGCCCACAGCUGUCCUGCCGAGCACCACCAGCUUCAGCAGCACCUCCACCCUGUGACCAGCAGCUCCACCACAUCGCAAGUAGCGGCCCCUGCGUCCUCACUCUGCGCCUGCACCUGCCCAGCCUGGGUGCACGCCACGCGCGUGGACGCGGCCAGUCUGGCCUCCAUGACGGACAGCAUCGUCCGCGAGCUGACG